AGCAUUCUUCUGAACUCUCCUCACACUACGGCUCCAAGAGACGUCAGAACUAUUGGAUGAGAGCGACAAUAAAAUCUCACGAUUAACUGCGAGACUUGCAAUCUCCAAAAUUUUGGCCGGUCUUAAAGAGCGACAUCCGAUGUGGGGAGCGACGCUCGGAGACGCACGGGUCAAGCGAGGGGGGUCCUACACAUGGAUGAACUGGGGGAGGAGAGAGCACAGUGAGGCUGUCAUGUAAGCCGUCUCCUCUGGGGCCACCUCUCGGUGCGCGCUGCUUCCUGCCUCAGGUAGAAAACUUCAGUGUUGCUGCCGCUGAGGCGUCAGGCUGCUCGCUCUCCUCUCCUCUCUUCUCCUCUCCUCUUUCGCCCUCUGAGAAGGCAACAGCUCCACGCUCAAAGCACUGAAAUGGAAAAGAGCUGCUCAGAGUGUUCAGAGCCGACGCUUGCACACAGCCUGUGUACUCUCUGCAACAAGUGGUUGUGUUACCAGUGCACAGAUGUGCAUCAGCAUCAGAGAGUGCCUGCUACUCCCCAGUACUCAGAGAUGCACCCACAGCAGAGGCCCAGUGCCACCCAGCGUCCUGACCUGCACCAGAGAGGCUCCAGCUCACUGCCUCCGACUGGACAAGGCCCGGGGUCGUAUCCUUGCUCCCUCCUCAUGUGCCACUCUCACAGACAGGAGCCCUUGGAGCUGUUUUGUGAGUCAUGUGACCUUCUGUGCUGUAGCAGCUGUCACCUGUCCUCCCACAAAAACCACAGGGUGGUGCAGAUUGGAAAGGCCCUGCAGGAUCAGCAGUGGCUGUUUGAGAGCCUGAUGGUGCAGGUGGAGGAGAGGAGGUCCGCAGUGGAGAACAAUGCCAAACAGAUAGAGGACAGACUUCAUGGAGUAAAGAUCGCACACAGGAAGGCAGAGAACCAGAUUAAAAUGGCAAAGAUGAUUAUGAUGAAUGAGCUUAACAAACGAGCCAACCUAUUAAUAGAGCAACUGGAGAAAAUCUCAGAGGAUUUCCAGCAGCGUCUGGAGGACCAGCUGCAGGGGGCAAUAGAGAUCUGUGGCCAGCUGGACCACGUUCAGAAGUUCAUCACCUGGGCGACGACCCACCACUGCAGAGGCCCGGUGCUCUUCAGCAGGGCUCUGAUUUCACUGCAGAUGCAGCAGCUGCUUGAGUCAUCGCUCCACUCAGACUCCUGGAGUCCUGUCAAGAUCAAAUUUAACUGGGAUGCCAGUUACUGGACGAAGCAGAUUUCCUCUUUAGGUCAGCUGACCGUUGAAGGGGGAAACUGCUCUUAUCCUUCGGGAUUGGCAUGCUCCAGUAUCCUCCGGCCUCAGCCCAUUACCUGUUUGGCUUUGCCGUCUGUUUGUCACAGAGGACGCGAGCCAGGCUGUGGAUACCAGGCCUGCUGUGAGCCACAGAUGUGCUGCCUGCACGGCAUUCCCCCUCAGCCAGAUCUGCCCAGUCUGGAUAAAAGCCAGCUGGAAGGCACACUUUAUAACUCCAACUGUGUCCAGUCUGCCCUUAUCUCUGCCUCCCUGCACCAGAGCCAGCAGCUCCAGAGGUGCUGGGACCCAGACAGCUCAUCACAAUGUCCCCCCCCUUCAUCACCUGUACCAAUGAUCCAGCUCAGCUGCGGCCGAGGCUCAACAUCCCAGCCACAAGCUACAGCCUCGGCACCCCAGUCUCAAGCCAAAUCUUAUCUCUAUCACCAACACCAGAGAGAAGUUCCUCUGGAUGGCCAGACUCAGCCAAGUGCAGACCGUAGCAGGCCGGGUCAGUGUCAGGGGAAGCUGUCCACCAGCGCAGCUCUACAGCAGGAUCUCAGCCACGCAGCUGUCGACAGAGAUGUGAUGACUGAAGUGACCUGGGAAGAGAGGUGCAGGGUGGAGGAGGCUUGUGGACGGACGGCUGACAGCAGAGAUCCGCUGGAUGAUGAGCCACAGCAGGACAGGAGGGAGCAGAGUCUGGCUCAGCAGCAGCAGCAGCAGCAGCAGCAGCAGCAGCUUCAUGUUCCUGCUGCAGUAGAGAUGAGGAAAGAUCAGCAGAGGAACAGAUCUCCACUGAUGCUCAGAGACCACAGAGAUGGCAGGAGAUCCACAUCCCUGGAGGUGUCGGUGACGGCCCACGAGUGUGCAUCUGAUGUGCAGAGCAGCAGGCUGAGCCCUAGUUUAGCGUGCGCGAGGAGGAAGAGGCGCUCCCAGAGCAUCCCUGCAGAGCUGGCAGCCCCUUCCAGCAGCCCUUACGCUGAAAGGCCCACAGGAUGCACUCACGGCCUCGAGGCAGGAGCUGCAAAUAAAUAUGCCACAGUGGAUCCCAGACAGAGGAGAGCCUCAGAUGGAGUGCUUUGUGUUGUCAAAGAGACCUCGUCUGACACGCCGCCCUCUAGAGGCCACCGGUCCCCUCUACUGUCCUACAAGACAGAGCCAGAUCAUUCUUUUACUUGUGUAAAUGAAGAGAUCGAUUAUGAAGCCAAGGACCAAUGCAGGGUGUCACGAAACGGCCACAACAGUAACACAGACGUUCAGAAGGAAUCAGGACGGUCCAGAGUUCCAGUGGUUUGCUUAGAGCGACUUAAAAUACUUGUGUCUCAACUUCCCCCACAUGGACGAAGGCAGAGUGACCCUUUACCUGCCAGUGGGACAGAGAGGAGUGAAACCCUCCCACAGCAGAGGACCUGGCAUGAAGGGAUAGCUAAAGGGAGGACCACCCGCUCACUCACAGCUCCACCAUAUGCAGAGCGUCUGCAGUGUAAUCAGGCUACCACACACUCCACCACCAGUGAGUUUGACACUCAAGGGAGAAUCAGCUCCCAUAAAUCACCCAUGCUGCCGACCACUGACCCUAAAUAUGUGCCAAAGCAUUAUUCUGCUGUGGAUCUGGACUCUGACUCUGAUCCCAGGUCAGUCUCAGAAGAAGAAGCUGCUGUUUCUUGGGUUGAUCCUGAACCCCAGUUUGAAUCAGAUGCAUCACCGGAGUCCUCGUCUGAGGCUGAACUUGAAUGUAUGGCUCAGGAGAAAUUGGUGGCUGCAGGAGAGACUGAAACCGGCAUCGCAGCGGAUUCAGAGCCGAGUCUUGAAUAUGAUGCAGACCCAGAAUCAGAUGCAGGAGCUGGAUCAGAGGAGGGCCAUGGGCUGGAAGGUGACGCGGAGUCAGGCGACUCAGACGUCCAGCCUGACUAUGAUGCCUCUUUUCAGACGGAUUCUGAUGCUGUGUCCGAUCAGCCUCCGGACUCUCAGGGCUCAGUGGAGUCCGAGCUUGACAUUGAGUCCGAUGCAGAACCGAGAACUGACGACCCACAACCGCUCCGCUCUGACCUGGAGGAGGAGCCCCCCGCCGGGCCCGGGCAGAGGCCGCUUCUGAUCGCAAACCCUGCGGCUCAGAGGUUCACAGAGGACGUCCAGCCUGACCAGGACAGCACAGAGAUGGAGAGCGAGGACUUCUGUGCUGUGUGUCUGAUCGGAGGGGAGCUGCUGUGCUGCGACCGCUGUCCUAAAGUCUAUCAUCUGUCGUGCCAUAUCCCGUCUCUGCUGAGCUUCCCCUCAGGCGACUGGGUGUGCAGCCUGUGCAGAGAUGUCACGCAGCCAGAAGUCGAGUACGAUUGCGAGAACGAGAGAAGAUCUGGAGAACACGCAGCGUCACACGGGCUGCCUGAGUCCGACCAGAGAAAAUGUGAGCGGCUGACUCUUCUGAUCCUCAGUAACAUCCUGAGUGCUCCCUUUCAGGAGCCCGUCAGUCCACUUGCUCGUCAUUACUACCAGAUCAUUAAGAGGCCCAUGGACCUGUCUGUGAUCAGGGCCAAACUCAACAAGAGGAACACCCGACAUUAUAACUCACCGGAGCAGUUUGUUGCUGAUGUUUAUCUCAUGUUCCGCAACUGUGCAAAGUUCAAUUAUCCUGACUCUGAGGUGGCCCAAGCUGGCCGCAGCCUCGAGGCGUUCUUCAUCUCCAAGCUGACAGAAGUUUUCCCAGAAAGAGUUUUCCCCGCCGCUGAGGUGGAAUCUGACAGCGACGAGUAUGAUGAGGCCUACAGGACCGCCGACGGCGGUUUCCCCUGGCCAGAGAGGAGGGAGCAGUGCCACAGGAAGAGGAAGAGGAGAAACUCUCUCAAGUCGAGGAGACAUCACUUCUAAUCAUGGACACAAAUAUGCUAUGUUUGUGUGUAACUAUGCUGUUUUUAUUCAGCGGCCUGUGGGGCUGUAACACUGUUUCCAUUCUGUAAUCUGAAAGGAGCUCCAAUUUGUGGUUUGCAAUAACAUCACAGUGCUGCCAUCCGAUGGCGGCCGAACACAUUGAAACAACAGUUCAGAUAUUUGAAACGUGGGGGCAAACUGCAGCUGAUCAGAGGAGCAAAGAUUAUAAGUAUUAUCCGAAGUAGCUUCAGUUACAUAUGAUAUGCUCCACAUUUGGGACCAAAUCUCUUGGAGAAAUUGAACAGAAGAUCAAGUCCUUAAGAAAGAAAUCCAGAAUCCAGCAACUUAAACAAAUCGUCCGCAGACUUGUGGCAACCUAGAGAAAUGGGGAAAGUCAAAUUUUUCACAUCAUGUUGCAAUCUGCUUACAUAUAGCCAAUGAAAAGUGAUUCAUACAUGUGAAUUGCCACAAAUUGUUCCAUGGAGCCCCUUUAAAACAAAUUAAAGUCAUGAUGCGAUGCUGUAAUUGUCACUGUAUCACAUCAUACACCGGCUGUUUAUGACUUCCUCCUGAAAUUACUUCCUGUAUUUACCUGCGAAAAUCACACAGCAGAUGUUUUAUGCUAUUGUACAAAGAGGAUGCUGUAGUUGGAUGGUUAUUAAUCUCAAUUUUGCAUCUCUAUCAAAUGUAAUUUUUAGGUGAGCUUAGCUCUGAUUAUACACAGCACUUUGAAACUUUGAUAUUGGUAAACACUGUGUUUAUCAUAUUCGUAAACAUAUUUAUAUAUGUGUAACUGUAUAGAACUUUAUUUUACUAUAUCUGUCAUUUUAAUUACUGAAUGAUUGCAGGCAAUUGUCAUCGCAUUGAUUAUUGAUAGAAUUAAGUGUCCCAGUAGCUUUCUUUAAAAAAAAAAAAAAAAAAGGCGGCGGUGAGUCUGAUUUGACUUUUGACCAGAGUGCAGUACAGAAUGUAAAUGAUUGAGGGCGCCAUGUUAACGCUCAACAGAGCACAUGUAUUUUCAUCAUUGUUAGAGGAUUUAAUAUUCACAAUCCGAGAGGAUUUUUAAAAUUUUACUUGUAGCCUUAAAUUAAGUUUGUGUAUGCUUUAUGUAACAUUCCUGUUCCACCAGUGUUUCAGCAAAAUGUUAAAUUAUCUCAGGCUUAAUAAGAGUGUAAGGUAUCAAUCUCAUUCAGUAUUGACAGUUACAAAAACGUCCUUGUUAUUUGUAGAGACACAUAUGUCAUUUUAUAAUAACUGCUGUUGUAGAGCGUUUCCUGUUUUUUAAAUAUACUUUGCUCGCUACCUGCAGCUUACGAUAGGUUUUACUUGACAUUUAGAGUAAUUACUGCACAAUAACAGUUGUCUGUGCACUCCUUGAUCAUCGUCAAGAGUAGUGAAUAUACCGUAUACGUAAUGUUACUUCCUUUGAAAUCAGUAGAUGUUAUGAUAUUUCCUAUUGUACAAGAGGAGAUAGUUACUGUCACAGUUUCUGGAGAACAGUCUGUUAAGUUUAUUUUAGGUUUUUUUUUUUUUUACUGUAACAGUCAACAAUAAAUGCACAUAUAUAGCUUAUCAAUAAAAAUUAAUUCAAGAGACAACACAUUUUCUUGUUAUUUCUCAUCUGCAUGAUUAAA